AGUUUUUAUUUUGUCACGUUUAGAUAUGGGACUUAACACAAGUUACACCGGCAUAAGUUAAAACUUGAAACCCUAGUAACACUCUUUAGCGCCUCUGGCCUCGCGUCUCUCCAUUCACAACGCGGUCCUCUCCUCUGUUUCACUUCUGCCUCUGAAUUUCUCGACCCAUUUCUCCUCUUCGUCCAAAAAGGCCCAGCCCGCAAGCUGCUCCCAUGGCUGCAACCGCUCAGACCAUACCGGUUAACCCAAAACCCUUUUUGAACAAUUUGACUGGAAAGCCUGUCAUUGUAAAGCUUAAAUGGGGAAUGGAAUACAAAGGUUACCUUGUCUCAGUUGAUUCAUAUAUGAAUCUGCAGCUGGCCAAUUCUGAAGAGUAUAUUGAUGGUCAAUUCACGGGUAAUCUUGGAGAGAUUCUUAUCAGGUGUAACAAUGUUCUCUAUCUGCGUGGGGUACCCGAAGAUGAAGAAAUUGAGGAUGCAGACCAAGAUUAGGGGCCUCAUUUUGCCAGUGAAUUAAGAACAGGUUUUUACAGUGUAUUUAAGUGCAGAUUUUGGUACCCUGGUAAUGGCUUACCUUCACAUAAUGUUAGUAUGUUUGAUUUUGUCUAUUCUAGAGCAGCCUUAGUGUAUCAUGCUGCCAUUGCCAUCUCCAGGUUUGAUGGACGAAAUUCCUCCUAGAUGUAUUCUACUUUUUUGUACUUUUUCCCUGUCUGCAUCCCAAAUUUCAUGUUCUUAACAUUGUUUUAAUUGCCUGCCACAGCUUUCUCUAAGUUAUGUUACAAAAUGAAUUAUGAGUCAAAA